GGGAUGCUUUCCAAUGCAGAAUAUAGUGUUAAAGUUACAGAGAAAGUGCAGUGCAGGUAGACAUAUGCUGCAGGACAUCUAAAUAAAAUGUAAUGAACAGUGAAUUGGGAUAUGGAUCGAAAUAUCAGGCAAUAACCCAGUAGAUCUGUUUGUCCGGCAACAUCCCUGGUGUGCCGGAUUAUCGGGGUGGCCCUGCACUCCGACGGGAGGUCCCGUGACUGCCAGCUGAGCAAACGAGGAAGUGAACUGGCAGGCACUACAAUUUCCGGAAUGCGACGACUAACGAAGCAGCAGCGGAUUGCUGGUGGUAAAUCAGUUCACUUUAGAAGACAGGGGAGAACAACCUGAUCAUAUUCAGCUAUACAUGUAACUAAAGUCCAUCAUAGAGCAAUACAGCACAGAUACAGUUACGGAUACAGCAAAUCAUCCCUGGAAUAAUUCUGAUCAGUUAAAAUAAGGAUGGCGGAAGCUGGAAACAAUCUAGAGAAAGAAAUAGUCACCCAGUUCCACGAGACUGCUGCUAAAGGAGAUGCAGGAAAAUUGUCCACGAUGCUAACUUACUCUACGUCUCUUGUUGAUGAAGUGGAUGAGAAGGGCUGGACUGCUUUGAUGUAUGCCAGCAGGAAUGGACAUUUUGAGGUGGCCCACUUGCUUCUUGAAAAGGGCUGCAACAGAUCUCUUUCAAAUAAAUCAGGACAAACAGCACUGGACAUUGCUCAAUUCUGGGGAUACAAAAGUAUUGCUGAUUUGUUGGCAAAUCCUAAAAUAGCUGCAGAUGCUGGAACAUUGUCUGAUGGCCCAGAAGAGAAUGAAAAUUAUUUCAGCAGAACAUUGCUUAAUAAACUUAGUGAAAAAAGAAGCAAUUCUGAUUGGCUAAAAGCCAAACAGAUUCACCAAGCCACUGUGUACAUCUUAUUUUCUAAUUUAAAUCCAUUGGUUAUUUCACCAAAUGACAUUCGCCUCUGUAAGUUGCAUUACGAAGAUGUUGAGCAGCUUUUGGCCAAAUCAGAAGUCACUUGUGUUUUCCUUGGAGUAGAGCUACGGAAGGGAAGUGAUGGGUCACAAAUUAAAUCUUUGGCAAGCAAAGUCUCAGCAGAUAAUGAUGGGCUUCCUGCGUGGUUUGCAUUGAAUACAAAUUGUGAUGCUGCCGAUAACUUUAAGAUUAAGUACCCAGAUUGUUGCUUUCUCCAACCACUUUUGCCACAUCUACUGAACUUAAAUCAAGAGGAGGCUGGUGUGGUUGCACAGGCCAGGUCUGUCCUUGCCUGGCACAACAGAUACAGGUUCUGCCCUACCUGUGGAAAUGAUACCAAAGUUACAGAUGGUGGAUACAAAAGGGUAUGCUUAAAGGAAAACUGUCCAAGUCUACAAGGAAUUCAUAACACCUGCUAUCCACGUGUAGAUCCAGUGGUAAUAAUGCUGGUCAUUCAUCCUGAUGGUAAUAAUUGCCUUCUGGGAAGACAGAGACGAUACCCUCCAGGAAUGUUUUCCUGUCUGGCAGGAUUUAUUGAACCAGGAGAGACAAUAGAGGAUGCUGUUAGAAGAGAAGUAGCAGAAGAGACCGCAGUCAAGGUUGGACACGUUCAAUAUGUUUCUAGUCAGCCCUGGCCAAUGCCGUCGUCCCUGAUGAUUGGUUGCCAAGCUAAUGCUAUAUCAACAGAAAUUAUUGUGGACAAGGAGGAAAUUGUAGAUGCCCGAUGGUUCAGUCGGCAGCAGAUCAUUGAAAUUCUGACCAAACUGGAUCAUCCAAUGAGCAUUCCUCCCCAGCAAACUAUUGCAAACAGGCUAAUUAAGCAGUGGCUUAAAAAGAACGCAAAUCUCUAAAUGUGUUGCUAGGGUGGCAUCUUCCUAGUAAUCUGCAUUAAAAUGGAUGAUUUGACAGUCUGUGCGAGAAGGCCUCACCAAUCUCACCUAGAAAAGCAGACACCGUUACUGAAGAAACCUUCCAUGUACUGAAGUAUGAAGUCCAAAUCUGAAUGAACCUCUCCCUAACUUAUUAAUUGUCAUUUGUAACGACAAGCGGGGGGGAUUUUAACUUUGAAAUUUACAUUUCAGGAACCACUUUUUCAAAUGUACAGACCAGUUGAUUAGCAACUUUAAAUAGCCAGGAAAUAUUGAUAAGGGCAUAAACGUUCAUCAGAUUGAAUAAUUACUGGCUGAGUGACCUGCUCCCACAUCAUAAAAUUCCUCUAAUUUUGAAUAUUUGUGGACAAUUUGCUUUACUCAUGUUCACUGUAAAAAUCACCAGAAAUUUUUGACCAAAUUUGUCUUUGCUCUGGAGGUUGUGUCAGACCUUUGCAUCUUUUCUAUUUUUCGAAUUAUUUUCCAACAAAUACCAGCUUGUAACCAAACAAGUUUUAAGUUGAUUAACUUCUUUGUAAGUCAUCAAUUUAACAUGACUGGAAAUAAUUUUAACCUUCAGAGGAAGCUCUACUGGACAAUUAAAAUUUGUUUGCCUUUAUUUUGUAACCAGGCAAAUAACAGGUAAUUCAUGCCACUGAUAUUUUCAAGGAGUUGCCACAUCCCCUUCACCAAAUACUCACUCAACAGCAAUAAUGAAAAUCAUGACUAUACAAUUUUAUAGGUAAGUUUGUGAUGUUUUUGCAGUUUUUGUUUGAAAUUACCACAUUUACUGCAAACACAAAUCUCGGUGCAAGAUGUAAUAAAGCUGACCUUUUAAUAAGAUAUUAAAUAUCAAGUCAGUCACUGCUUUGAUAAAUUUCAAUUUGUUUUUAAUAAGUUACUUUUGUCACAUAAUACUAUUAAACGUAAUUUGUGGUUAGUAGCACGCCAUCCACAUACAAUACUGGUUACAGGAAUCGAUCACAACUUUUCUGCAUCCAUUUGAAGAGCUUGUAAAUUGCUGGCUCCAUUUUCAGUGGGAAGGUUAUAUGUGGUGUCAGAGCCUUCCUCUUCUAAACCCCAUCAAAUGAAAGGAGACAGAAAGAGAUAUACCCAUGACACUAAUGAAGUGAACUGACAGCUGGCUAAACUGGCUUAGCAGGUUGUCGAAACCUUUGAAUGUUUCUGAUGUUCAGCCCAUUCAAAUACGUUACAUAACUGCAUUAGAAUUUUGAAAAAGUAACAAUAAAAAUUAAAGGAACACUUAAAAUAUUUUUUAAAAAUCAAAAUUUCUACAUUUUAAAUUUUCAAUUUCCUGAUAUGCCGACCUCGUGCAUGCCAUCCACAUCCCCCAUUUGCUCAUAUAUAGCUGAAUCCAGGAGAAUCUUCCUUGUCUUCCUUGCCCAGAUACCCCUAGAGCUGAGUGACAAGGUUCUGGGCAGAACAGAAGCAUACUCAAGUUCCCCUGCACUUAUGGUGGAGAAACACUUCUCAAAUCCUAUGCAAGGUUGAAGCUCGCACAGGAUCCAGAAGUCCAUUUCCUUGAAUGAGAAUUGUUGGGCCACGGGGGAAAACAAAAGAUAAGGAACACUUUUUUAAUUUGUGUUUUGUUUAAUUUUAUUUAAGUUAAUUUUAUUUUAAACAUUUUUAAUUGAUUGCUCCAUUUUUAUGUUUCUGACACUUAAUACUUGACAGCUAGCAAAGCUGGGGAAAUAUUUUGUCAGAGCUUGUGGAUGGGGCUUGUUCGGGUUCACCCACCUCUCUCCGUUACAUGGUUCAAGGCCCUGCAUCAAGUUGAACAGUGGAACACAACUGGGAAGUUGCCGAUAGAACGUGGCUUGUAAAUUCAGGACCUCUGUGUCGGCACUGGAGUCUUGAAGCUUCCUGGCACUUAUGCUGAGAUAUCUCAUCCAUUCUGUGUGGUUACCAGCAAAAUCCAGUGAAAUGUGGGCCACUGGCACCUAUCUUAGUCUCUCACAACUAACCUCUUCCAUGAGAACUCUUUAGGGAAAGAUUUUUCAAGUCAAUUGCCCAACAAAUGUUGGGAAUUAAGCAAUUUUACACUCCACCACUUAACACCAUAGGGAGUGAGGAUACUGCAGUAAACAAUUACCAAGUUGUUUGGGGCUUCCAUGUGUGGAAAUCUCAAAUUUACUGCACAUUUGUAGGAAAUGCCUACACUUCCGGUGCAGAACAGCUAAAAAAUUCCUGGAAAAUCAGCUGUGUUUACUUCGCUGUAAAAUAUGAGAGUCUCUCUUUACUUCAAUUUUAAUUUGCCAUGUAGUAUGAUAAAUAACCUAACUUCUUGAUUUACGUGAACAUUUUUAAAAAUUGAAAAUCAAAUCCCAGCAACUGCUAUAUUUUGUACCUCACAGUCUGAGCAGAUUUUUUCCCUCUGCAACCCUCCCUCUAUUUACACCACUCCCAAUAAACGGAUUGCCAGCACCCUGUUGACACCAAUUUGUGUCCCCCACCUUCUCUCAGUUUCCACCUUGUCACAUGCAUUCCCUCUGUUGUCUCCUCCCUCCCUUUCCUCUGCAAGUUUAAAGAUGCCUGCUUUCGAUAUUUUCCCAGUUCUGAAGAAAGGUCGUUGACCUGAAAUGUUAACUAUGUUUCACUCACACAGAUGCUGGCUGACCUGCUGAACAUUCUUUAAAGUCUCCUGUGUUGAA